CCACGCUCCGCCUCGCGGCAGAAAUAACGCGGAAUAUCGGUCACAGACUCCGUUCAGAACGAACGAAUCUUGUUAAUUGCUGGACAGUACACCACUAGCACUAUCGCUGUGGACGGGGCGCGCGCGGACGUUUCCGUUCGAUAUUCGAAUCUCGUGAAAAGCGCGCGAACGCAAACACGACGCACUCCACUGACGUUUAUUUUUUUUUAUCACGCGCGCAAAGGCUGACAUUUAUAGAGCCUAAUUGAAAAAAAAAAUAUGCACGAUUAAUAAAAUUAAAGUGCAUAUCAGUAAGGUCAGCAUGGGUCUCGCGGGAUGUUUUCGUAACGUUUAUAUUAGGAAGAAAUAUCACGAUAAGUAAUCGGUCGAGUGCAAAUGUCGUUUGUUAUCGGUUCAUUUGGCAAGUGACAUACAACGGUGUAUGUUAUGUUUAAGUGGAGUACGGAGUAAAGACGUGGUUAAGGGACAAGCAUUCGCGGAAUCCCACGGUUGAUUCAUACACCGGUUAUCGUGUUUUGCAGCGAACGGCAAAAUGUGUGAGGUCACAAGUUGGAUUCCGCACGCCGUGGUGGAAACACUGCGCGACCGCUCCGCGCAGCCUGUCAUCGCUUGGCUGACUUCUAUCCGAGCCUCCAUUGAAGAAUACGACCCGCUCAUCGUCGUCCGACCACCGUCUUCUUCCUCGGAAAACUCAGAGUCAGACGGAGCGUUCGACGAAAUCCUAUCCCAAUUGGGCAAAGAAAUCUUCAAGCUAGAUGAAUACCAAAGAAACCUCACCCCGUCAGAAAAACAAGACGUCUCACUCAGCAUCCUCAACAUAUUCGACGAGUGUCUAGAAGGGAUGAGCCAUCAAACAGAAACCGAAACCAAAGUGAUAAGCGAACUCAAACCAAAACAUGUGUCGCACGAUAACAAAACAGUGCAGGAUUGCAGUGAUUCUAGUGUAUCGGACGUCUCUCUCGUUUCAAAUACCUCAUCUAAAAGUGUGAAAGUGACAAGGACUCCACCUCCAGUUCCCCCGCGAAAAUUCCCUAUAAAAACCCCCGUGUAUGACAACAUGGAGUUUAAAGACAACGUUAGCAGAUUAGAAUCGGAUAAAUUGGAAUCGGAUACAGACUCGGCAAGCACAUGUUGGAGUUACCAAGACUGUAAUAUAGAGAACCCUGAAGUGGAGAGUAAGGAUACGUACGCAGCAGUGUGGUCGCAUUCGACGGGUUUUCAUAACUCCGAUGAGAUUUUGCGUCGCGUAUUGUCGCAGGCGCAGCAAAGGGCGACGAUUUCUCGCUUAUCUUUCGAUACCGCGAGCGACUUCUCGCCGCAGCCGUUCUCGGUGUACGCGUUGCACGAGGUGGGAGAAAUCCACAGGUGCGACCCGACGUCACAAGUGCCAGUAGUCGAAAUGACGCCGGACAAGCCGAGCGACGACGGGUACGAGCCCGUACGGGACGCGCUGAACCUCACCGACGAGAACAUUUACGAGGAGAUAGAGUACGGGUACAGUUACACGGACGAGGGGUGUUCUUGUGGCGGCAGUGUGGAGGUGGAGAGUUGUUCUAUCAGCAACAGUUCCGAAGGUGUGGGCAGGGAGAGCCCUUUGUACGCGAAUCUGAGGGAUCACGACGCAUACGCGAUCCCUCCUGAUGUGAUAUUCUGGAAGAACUUGUUGCUGGACCCUUUUUAUAACGACGACGAAGAGGAUGAGUGGAUCACGCCAGAAGAGUGCGAGCUGUACAGCAGGGAGAGGCGACCACCCCUGGUCAUUCCCCGGAUCACGCAGUACCGCCCUCCGCCCCGCAGGGAUCCCAGACCUCAGAUACCAUUAUACCCUGAGGACCGUCUUCAGGAUGUGCCAGACAAGUCGUGGAACUGGUCACCGACGUCGGAACGCAGUCGUAUCGACAUCGCGCGGAGCUUCAACAAAGCCAAUUGUGAGAGCCCGCCGUUCUGGGCACAUAAGCGACUGGGUGGUUCAACAGAAAAUCUCCUCACAGCCGCCCGUCGCCCGAACCACCUCCAGCUACCACCUUCUUCAUCAGGAGACAGUCUAGAUGUGGAGGUCAGGGAGCGGGAGCCAGGAGCCAAGAAAGAGAGGAAGUCCAGGUCCAUGGUCGCGCCCAAACAGAAACCAAGGCCGCCUGUGGUGCCUCAAAGAGUGUUGAUACACCCACCCAUAGAAGCGCCGGUGAUCUUCGAAGGGCCGAUGAAGCGCACCAAGUUCAUGGAGGGAGGAAAGAAGAGUAAGAAGAACUGGACCGACUGCUACAUGAUCCUCACGCCUAGCAAGCUGGUGUUCUACAAGGACCAGCGGAGUUACGAGGCGACGAGAUUGCCCAAACCAAACAACACGCCGCCCAGUCCAACGGCGCCGCGUGCUGAGUUAGAACUGCCGCUCCUCAACGCGCACGUCGUGCAGUGCAUACAGCAGCACACGAGAAGGUACAUGCGUUCUCUGUUGCUGACGGUGGAACAUGACCAGUACCUGCUGCAGGACUUCACGGAAGAAGGUGCCAUACGACUGCUUAAGUGCAUACAGAAUGUCAUAUACAAACUUGGUCCUCCACCAUUGGACGACCGGCCCAGCCCCUACCAGAGUAGCAACACAGACUUAGAAAGCCUCGGCCGAACACCGCCAGUGUCGCGGCACGCUACACGGAGCAAGCAAAAAGCUGGCGGUAGUAGCAACGAGGAUUUAAGCGAUUCAACCGAAGUUUCCAUACAGAGGUCACACGUUAGAAGUAGGCUUAGAAAAUUCUUCGCCAAACGCCCCGCCAUGGAGGUGCUAGUGAAGAAAGGAAUCUAUAAAGAUGAGCCCGUAUUCGGUCGCAAGCUGGAGGAGGUGUGUCCGGCGUCGAGUCCGCGCGUGCCGGACUUCGUCAAGGCUUGUGUGAAAGAGAUCGAGAGCAGCGAAGAGAACCUCAGCACUGAUGGCUUGUACCGAGCCAGUGGCAACCUCAGCCAGGUGCAGAAGAUACGAUUAGAGAUCGAUCAGAACAACCUGUCAGUGAUCGAGAACAACACAGACAUCCACGUACUAACAGGUUCCUUAAAGUUGUUCUUCAGGGAACUGAAAGAGCCUCUCAUCCCCUGCACUUUAUUUGACAGGAUCCUUGCAGCCUGUUCAAUAAAGCCUAGAGAUGCCAGGGUAAAAGAGUUCCAGAGCAUCAUACAAGCAUUACCACAGUGCAACAGGGAUACACUCAAAUUUUUACUGGAGCACCUUUUGAAAGUUACACAAUACAGCGAACGCAACAGGAUGCACACCGCCAACCUAGCGAUAGUCUUCGGCCCAACACUCCUAUGGGCUCCCGAGGAACAGAAACACAACAUAGCCAUCGACUACAUACAGCAGAACAACGUUGUCGACAUACUACUUAACGAAUACAAAGAUAUAUUCGUAGAAGAGACCAAGGGCAAGAAGAAAGCGUGAUUUGGACUUAAAAGAUGAGUUUAGACUGUAAAAAUAUCCUAAAAACUUUAUAACGGGCAAGUUUUCCGGCAAUUUCUAGACGCAGAUAUGUGGCACGUGGCUGGCUAGACAAUUGUAAUGGUGAGUGAACCAAACACAUCGGUUUCUUUAACUGUCAGGCUAUAGUAAAGUAGGUAAUAUUAUAACACCAUUAACUUCGAGCCACUGCCAAAGAAAUUAUUAUUGUCUAUGGUCAUAUCUUAUUCAAACAGAUUAUAAUUGUAGCUUCCAUUUCUAAACUCUAUUAGUGACGUAUAGUUUUCAAGAUUGGUGCAAUGCAAUGAAGGUAAUCGCGAAAUGCCUGGAUGUGUGAUCUCUUAUACUUACCUAAUGUUUAAAAGACAUAUUAUUGUAUUUACUAGUAAUUAUAAUAAAGUGUCUAUUACAGUUAACUUGACGGCAUAGUAAAAUCAUAAAGUAGUGUGUGUGGUGCAAAAACGUCAUAAGUGCAAAAACAUUGAUAAAAUAGCGAUAUUAGUAAUUUAAAGAAAUAUACUUAGUGAAAAACUUAAAAAAUAACUCUAAAAUCAAUUUAAGAUUGGGUUUGAUUCGCUCCAGCUCCUUACUCCAGCUAGGUACAUAAUAACUAAUAAUGUCACAACUCAAAAAACUACAAUGUUUACAAUUUGAAAAAACUGUGUACAAAACUUUCAAGUUCAAAGUACGUUCGAAACUACAAAUUGUGUCUAUUAGCUAUAGAACUAAUGGGAGCACUAAUUUUCGUAUUUUUUAUUGUAUUUACAAUUAUGACGUUAUUGCACAAGACAAGCGAAUAAUGCUUUGAAUAAUGCAAACUUCCGUUUGUUACUCGUCCAAAAAUAUAUCGAAAUUAUAUGUAUGUGUUGUGAUUGUAAGCAAUAUUGUUAUGGAAAGACUGCACGAGGCUCUAGGGGUAAUAUUAUAAUACAUUUAAAUGAAUAAUUAUAUUAUAAAUAGAAGAAUAUAAUGUAUUUACGAAUAGUUCUAAUAAAAUGUCGGUAGAAACAUUUUGAUUGACGCAAGGGACUACGAUUUCUCGUCACUUCAUAUUAUUAUUAUUUGUGACAAAAGGUUUUAUGAUUAUUAAAGAAUAUUGGAUCUAAAUGUUUUUAAAGAAUAGUUGCUUCUAGUGUCUGUGGAAUGGAUACUUUUUUUUAUUCCAAAAACUUUUCAAGUUCUUUUAAUAAUUCUAAACUUUUUUUUUAGAACUUGGCUUUACAUGACCGUGCACCCUGGUCUUGUAAAGCCAAUACUGUAGACUUUUUUUGGGCCUGUGAAUUGAAUUCUUAAUUGCUUCUUACCAACUUACCUAAAUAGAAAAAGUUAAAAUGUCCCUUACGCCAAGAAAUUCCAGUGUCGACGUAAUAUUUUCGUGUAAGAAAAAUUUAAUCCCGAUUUAAAUAUGAAACACCAUUGUUUUGGGGCCAAAUCUGUAUAUAAUUGAGUCCUACUGUAUAGAGUAGGGCCCUUUUCUAUGACACUGAAAUUGUACCCACCCUUCAAAUUCGUUUUGUGACGUUAUUGACACCGUUUAAAAUAAUGUAAGGCCCGGACAUAUGGUACUAUCGUACUAAGGUCGGUAUCCAACCAAAAUGGAGAUAGGCGAAGAUGUGUUGGCGUCUACAAUUUGAAUGUCAUAGUAAAUAAGGGUCUAGGCUGUAAGCCAACUUAUUUUUGUGCCUUAAGCGAGAAGGCCUUGUAAAUAGUCAUCAUAGAUGAUUUAUCAGUUUGUGAUAA